GAUGGCGGCGGGGUCGGUGUGGAAGGGGCUGGUGGGGCUCGGCCUGUUCGCCCUGGCACACGCGGCCUUCUCGGCGGCGCAGCAUCGUUCUUACAUGAGGUUGACAGAAAAGGAAGAUGAAACGUUGCCCAUAGAUAUAGUCCUGCAGACUCUGCUGGCCUUCGCAGUCACCUGCUAUGGGAUUGCACAUAUUGCAGGAGAGUUUAAAGACAUGGAUGCCACUUCAGAACUCAAAAAUAAGACAUUUGACACAUUAAGGAACCAUCCAUCUUUUUAUGUAUUUAAUCAUCGUGGUAGAGUAUUGUUCCAGUCCCCAGACACAGUGAAUUCUUCUUCAAACCAAGAUGCUUUGUCAUCCAGCUCGGCACUGAAAUUCCGAAAACUUGAACCUCUGCGCCGCUAAGACUUUUACAGAUGAUACCAAUAACCCAGGACACUGAGAUGUAAUAUUCAAGUCGGGGAUGUAAACAAUUUUUUAA